AUGAUUUGGUGUGGCUAUCCUCAUAAACUGAAAAAUAUGUCCAUCCGAGGCCUGAAGAAGAAACAACCAAAGACUUUUAAAGUGAAAAUUAUAACAGUGGAUGCUGAAAUGGAGUUCAGCUGUGAGAUGAAGUGGAAGGGAAAGGACUUGUUUGACCUGGUGUGCCGAGCACUUGGUUUAAGGGAGACUUGGUUCUUUGGCUUGCAGUACACAGUAAAAGGAAUGUGUACCUGGUUAAAGAUGGACAAAAAGGUUUUAGAUCAAGAAAUCCCCAAAGAAGAUCCCAUUAGCUUUCAUUUUCUGGCUAAAUUCUACCCAGAGAAGGUAGAAGAGGAGCUAUUACAGGAAAUUACCCAGCAUUUAUUCUUCCUUCAGGUUAAGAAACAAAUACUGGAUGAGGAAAUCUAUUGUUCUCCAGAAGCAACAGUUUUACUGGCUUCUUAUGCUGUUCAGGCCAAGUAUGGUGACUACGACCCAAACUUCCAUGAGCCAGGCUUUCUAGCCCAUGAUGAACUUUUACCCAAAAGGGUCCUCAGGCAGUAUCAGCUGACGGCAGAGAUGUGGGAAGAAAAGAUUACUGCUUGGUACGCCGAGCACAGGGGUAUUGCCAGGGAUGAAGCUGAGAUGAACUACCUGAAAAUUGCACAAGACUUGGAAAUGUACGGUGUCAAUUAUUUUCCAAUUGCUCAAAAUAAAAACCACACAGAUCUCCUACUUGGAGUUGAUGCCAAAGGUAUUCAUAUCUACAGCAUUAAUAACAGGUUCUCUCCAAAUAAGUCAUUUGAGUGGAGUGCUAUCAGAAACAUUUCCUAUAGUGAGAAAGAGUUAACUAUUAAACCUCUUGACAAAAAGGCAGAAGUCUUCAGGUUCUUUUCCUCUCAACUCAAAGUGAACAAAUUGAUUUUGCAGUUGUGCAUUGGAAACCACGACCUAUUCAUGAGGAGAAGAAAAGUGGACUCGAUAGAGAUCCAGCAAAUGAAAGCACAAGCCAGGGAAGAAAAAGCUAGGAAAAAGAUGGAGAAUCAAAGGCUGGCCAGGGAGAAGCAGCUCCGAGAAGAAGCUGAGCGAGCCAAAGAAGAGCUGGAAAGGCGUCUUUUCCAGCUGGAAGAUGAAGCCAGGCAGGCCAAUGAGGCCCUGCUCCGAUCCCAAGAAGCGGCAGAGCUGCUGGCUGAGAAAGCUCAGAUUGCAGAAGAGGAGGCAAAAUUGCUGGCCCAGAAUGCUGCAGAAGCUGAGCAGGAGCGACAAAGGCUGGAGAUCACAGCUCUGAAAACCAAAGAGGAGAAACGCCUGAUGGAGCAAAAGAUGCGGGAGGCGGAGCUGAUAGCAGUGAAGCUGGUGAAGGAGUCUGACCGGAGAGCGAAGGAAGCAGAGCAUCUGAAACAAGAUCUGCAUGAGGCCAGAGAGGCCGAACGGAAAGCGAAGCAGAAACUCUUAGAUAUAACCAGACUUAAUUAUCCUCACAUGGUCAAGUACCCGCAAUACUCGCCGACUGACACCAGAGAUGCCAACUUUGACAAAGGGCCCAUGAAGCUGGAUUUGAAGGACAUUGACCUCAAGAGACUCUCCUUUGAGAUAGAAAGAGAGAGGCUAGACUACUUAGAAAAGAGCAGAAAAUUCGAAGAUCGACUGAAAGAACUGAAGUCUGAGAUUCAUGCUUUGAAACUAGAAGAAAAACAGUCUGGACUUUACUCUCGUUGGACUGAAGUACUGGGAUCCUUGGAUCGCUCCUUAGGAAACAAUAGUGGGAGUGCCCCGUCGUGGAUGAAAACCUUCGAAAGUGGAGAUGCGUUGGAUGUAAAUCCACAAAGACCUUUCCCUGCUUACUCGCUAAAUACCACAAGCAGCUGGCCUUGUACCAACAAAAUUCAACACGCGGUGCCGGUGGAGAAGUCAUCUUUUCAAGCAAAUGCCUUGCUUGCCAACAGUGUGGGCACAGGAACCAGAAGACCAAUUAUAAAGGAAGCCGUCGACAGCAUCUGGGAUAAACUGAGCUGGCUGGAGGAAGGGUACAAGACCCGCUCCCAGGGUCCCAGCCGGCUGCCCGCUUCUUCCAGUGCGCUACCUGCCGCCUCACGGACUGCCCCUUCCCCCUGGACUGCCCAACCGGCGGGCUCGUCUGUGCUGACGUGUCCCCCCAUGCCCCAGCUGCGCACGCAGGACCUGAUGAUGUUUGAGGAGCUGCAGGGGGCUGAGGAGGGACCUGUCAACCUGACCAUCCAUGAGCCCACUCAGGGGACUGUUGCCUGUCGCUUGGGCGAACUUUCCGAGCCCUUUGCCCGCAAGUACUUCUACCUCAAUGUUUCAGGGGGAAGUGUGGAGGCAGAGAAAAGACUCCAGGCCCUGUUCAGAGACGUGCUGCGCUGGCCUGACUGGAGCCCCCUGCACCACAGGACGUGGCUGGGGCUGUUGCUGGGGCUGGGGCUGGCACUUGGCGCCGUGGUGCUUGUGCUGCUGAUGGUGGGCAUCUGGAAAUGCUGUGACCGCCCAGACCUUGGUGAUUCCCAGACAUCCCCUGGACCUGGACAACAGGGUCCCCCAGAGAAUUCCAGACACCUGGAUUCACCCUAG